GGUAAUUUUAUCUCUCAAUUUUUUUGAACACUUUUAUUAAUGGGAGAAGCAAAUUCAAGGUUAUCUGUAUUUCAUUUACUUCCUCCAAAUCCUUGCUUGCUCCACACUACGCUGUUUUUAAUUCUUAAAGUUCACCAUUCAAAAUGUCGUUCGCCAUUCAAUCCACGCGGUCACUCAUGCGCACAACCGUGCUGCCGCGCAUUUCUCACACAAUCAGCGCCGCCGUCGCUGCCACGACCACGACCACCACGGCAGCGGCCGGUCUGGCUGCACGGACACGCAUGAUGUCGGCACUUGGUGUUGGUCUCGGUAUGCUCAGCGAUCUCCUCGGCGAGAUGAUUCUGCGUGCGGUUCCCAAGCAGCGCACGAGUCACUCGAAAAAGCGCAAGCGCAUGGCAGGCAAGGGAUUGAAGAACCGCUAUGAUCUGGUUCCGUGCUCUGGAUGCGGACGCCCAAAGCUCGCUGCGCACAUCUGCCUUAGCUGCUACCAUGACAUCAAGCAGAAGCUUAAAGGCAUGAAGCGCGCCGAGGAGAAGCAGAAGCAAGAGCAGUGAAUAGAAGUAAAAGUGUCAAAUACUCCUAAUUCCACGUAUGUUUCUUUAUAUAAAACUUUUGACAAUAUAUUUCGUUUGCCAUCGAU